GGAUAUUCUUAUACAGACACAAACAACAAACAUGACAGAUGUCUAGUUUAUGCAGCACAGCCUUGACUUUGCGUACAAGAUAACAACAAACGAUGUAUUUGGAAGCAUUGUGCAACUUUGAAUGGGACACGUGUAGUGUUUUGUAGUGGUUGGCAAAAGUCGAGAUCUCUAGUGGUUUAAGACAUUGAUGUCAGUUGGACAUUUGGUAUAAUUUUGAUGUUUUAGUUGCAUCAAAUUGAUAACAAAUGAACAAUUAGUGAAUUACAAUGUACAUGUCAUUUUGCAAGCAUCAGUAUUUUAAGGGUUAAAUUAAACAUGACUCAUUUAACGUAGACAUAUGUUUAAUAUGAUGAUAAUUGACACAUUUCCAUAACGAAAAUAGCACAGAAAUUCGGAUGGAGUUUCAAAACGUUUGUACAUGGCUGGUGGCAAUAAUCGCAACAUCUGCUUCGAGUGUGACAGUCCAGGUAGACACGGCUGUCAAGCGCCAACCUCCCGGACUUAAGUCACCAAUGAAGGUAUGGUGGGCCAAGGAGUUAACGCCAGAUUUCCAUAUUGCUGGUCGCUUGACUGAACGGCAGAUCAAAUAUGCAUCCGAGGCUGGCUUCAGAAGUAUUCUCUCGUUGUUCAUGUAUGAGACCAAUGACGGUGGCAAUUUUGGUGGAGAAUAUUUGCCAACUACUGCCGAAGCCUGGGCUACAGCGCAUAUGGCAGGUUUACAAUAUGUCGCGCUCAUUGGCGGAAAUGAUGACUGGACCAGCAUUGACACUAUUCAAAGAUUUCAUGAUGUAUUACCGGCUUUGAGAAAGCCAAUAUUGUUACAUUGUGACCGCGGAUAUACAAUCACAUUUGUAACGUUAAUGCAUAUGGCAAACCAGACCAGACACAAUUCCAGUUUUGAACCGAAGAUUUACAGCCAUAAUUUUUAUAAAAUUACAGGAGCUAUGGGUCUGGAUUUUACUCACGAUGACAUGAAAGAAGUUGUUGCUAACGUAACUGGUGAACCCGUGGUAGAGAAACCACCAAAACAUAAUUGUGAACCUGAAGAAUGGCGGGACUUCUGGUUAGCACAUCCGAUUUCCAAGAAUUGGUAUAUGGGAGGCCAAGUACGAAAAUGUGAUGUGAAAAUUCUAGAGCAGACUGGAUUUAAAGCAAUUAUAAAUAUGAGAUUGGGUGUAACCCAUAAUGGCCAACCUUCCCAAGAACCAACAGCAUUACUAAACGUCAAAGACGAGCCAACUACAUACGGAAAUAGCACAACACCACCUAGGCAAGAUCUUAAAACCUUAGAAACUAACAAAAUCAAUGAACACCAUUCAUCAGACUACAUUAGCAAAAAAUCCCGUAUUAAUUAUGAAACUGAAAACCCGCUUGAGUUUGGAGAUGAUAUCGGAUAUAAUGAAGAUGCUGAGGAAGAGGUUGUCAUGAAAACUUCACUAAAAUACUACCACAUUCCAAUACCUCCAAACAGCACAUUCACUGCAUCAAUGUUCAGCCAGAUACGUGACACACUCAUUCAAGCGGGACAGCUCGGACCUGUUAUGCUUCAUUGCUCAGAUGGGCGUAGAGUUGCGUACUUUGGUGUGCUGGCAGCCGCUAUACACGAGGGGCAUGACCUCAACUGGGCUCUCAAGAGGGUCCAGGAACUGGGCUUUGAAGUGAGCCCUGACGUGCAGCCAGACGUGUAUAAGAUGUACUGCGAAUCCUUUGAGCAGUCACACAGCUUUAAGAACGAGGAGUUAUAACAGGAAAUCUACUUUUAAAUGCUGCUUAACCCUUGACCCCUUAGAUACGUAUUUUUACGCAUUUGUAGUCCCUUAGAAAGUUAAAUAUAACUUAAGACCUUACUUCCAAGAUUCAAGUUUUAAAGGCAUCAUUUCCAACCCAUAGAUACUGAUGAGGAGCAAACAGCAUAAAACCUGAAUAGAGUACGAGUUACUCGCAGGCUGUUCUGGUUUUAUGCUGUUUGCACAUGGCCAUUUUCACUUAGCUUCUGAGAGGGAAAGGGUUAAGUGGUGGUGUUAGCGUCUGAAUUUUUAUUAUGGUAUUUUAAUGUUAGCAUAUAAUGAUUAUAAACCAGUAUUUUAAUGUUACUUUGUUAUGUCUGCAUACAGUAAUACAAGUUGUUAAAAGGCAUUUUAAAAAGUGCAUUUCAAGUUUUAGUGCUUUUACUGUUUCUAGUUGUUUGAUACGCCCUUUUAAAAAAUGGAGCAUCUAAUGCAGGCCUUUGCCCAGAGUUUUGUUCGGGAUAAGCAGCAGGGCUUUACUAUAUUAACAGUUAUUAUAUGUUAAUGUUAUUUGUAUUUAUUUAGCUUGUGCUUUGAAGACAGUAGUAUUUUUAGCUCACCUGAGCACAACGUGUUCGAGUUUUCGAAAAAUGGUUCUGGUUCGGUGAAAAACAUGGCUGCCAGGGGACUUGGCAGAUUUCCUUAUUUGGCUAUACUGAAACCUUGUUUACACUCUCGAAGUUAAAUGUAUCUUCCAAUUUUCAUGAAACUUGGUCAGAAAAUUUGUUCUUAUGAUAUCUGGGCCAAGUUCAAAAAUGGUUUGGGUUUCUUGAAAACAUGGGCCCCAGGGGGGCUGUUCAGUUUUCCAGUUUUCUUUAUAUGGAUUUUGUAAAACCUUGUUAAUGCUCCAAUGGCCACAUUUAUUGGCCAAUCUUCAUUAAACUUGAUCAGAACAUGUGUCCUAAAUAUCGGCCGAGUUUGAAACUGAGUCAUUUGAUCACCAAAAUAGGUCACUAGGUAAAAUAACAAAGUAUGUUUGUACUCAUGAAGUCACUUUCUUUGCCGCUUAUGAAUGUCUUUCAGAAUAUUUUUUUGUAACCAUAUCUCAGGAGAGUUAAAAAUAUCAAUAAGCCUACAAAUUAAAUAUGUAUGUUUUCCUAAAGUACUUUCAUUAUUUUGAAGGAUUAUUUAUGUUUUUCAGAAUAGUUUAGUUCCUCUUGUUUAUUGAUAUAUUAAUUGUUGUUGCAUAAAACCAAAUGGGCCAUAACCGAACGUUAUUCAUUAUUUGAAUUGUUCAAAAUACACACUAAUCAAAGUCUUUUUAGCUCAACUGAUUGCUCAGGUGAGCUUUUGUGACCGGUCUUUGUCCGUCCUAUGUCCGUCCGUCCGUCCGUUAACAUUUGCUCGUAAACACUCUAGAGGCCACAUUUCUUGUCCCAUCUUCAUGAAACUUGGUCAGAAGCUUUGUCUCAAUAAAAUCUCGGCUGAGUUCGAAACUGGGUUGUGCCGGGUCAAAACUAGGUCACUAGGUCAAAAAAGAGAAAAACCUUGUAAACACUGUAGAAGUCACAUUUAAUGCCCAAUCUUCAUGUUACUUUGUCAAAAUGUUUGUCUUAAUGAUAUAUUGGUUGAUUUCAAAAGUGGUUCCGAUCCGUUGAAAAACAUGGCCGCCAGUGGGCGAGGCAGUUUUCCUUAUUUGGCUAUAGAGAAACCUUGUACCGGUAAACACUCUAGAAGUCACAAUUUUUGCCAAAUCAUCAUGAAAGUUGGCAAAACAUUGGAUCAAUUGAUGUCUCGGACGAGUUCGAAAAUGGUCGAGAUCAGUGAAAAAACAUGGCCGCCAGUGGGCGGGGCAUUUUUCUCUAUAUGUAUAUAGUGGCAGUUUUCCCUAUUUGGCUAUAGAGAAACCUUGUAAACACUCUAGAAGUCACAAUUUUUGCCCAAUCAUCAUGAAAGUUGGUCAAAACAUAGGUUUUAUUGAGAUCUCGGACGAGUUUGAAAAUGGUCGGGAUCAGUGAAAAAACAUGGCCGCCAGUGGGGGGGGGCAUUUUUCUCUAUAUGUAUAUAGUGAAAACAUGUAACCCUAUGAACCCCUAUUGAUUUUCAGGUCACUAGGUCAAAGGUCAAGGUCACGAUGAGACAAAGCAGUAAAAUGGUUUCCGGAUGAUAACUCAAGAACGCUUAGGCCUAGGAUCAUUAAACUUCAUAGAUACAUUGAUCAUAACUCGUAGAUGACCCCUAUUGAUUUUCAGGUCACUAGGUCAAAGGUCAAGGUCACGAUGACUCGAAAUAGUUAAAUGGUUUGCAGAUGAUAACUCAAGAACGCUUAGGCCUAGGAUCAUGAAACUUCAAAGGUACAUUGAUCAUGACUUGUAGAUGACCCCUAUUGAUUUUCAGGUCACUAGGUCAAAGGUCAACGGUCAUGGUGACCCGAAAUAGUAAAAUGGUUUCCAGAUGAUAACUCAAGAACGCAUAUGCCUAGGAUCAUGAAACUUCAUAGAUACAUUGAUCAUGACUUGUAGAUGACCCCUAUUGAUUUUCAGGUCACUAGGUCAAAGGUCACAGUGACCCGAAAUAGUAAAAUGGUUUCCAGAUGAUAACUCAAGAACGCUUAUGCCUAGGAUCAUGAAACUUCAUAGGUACAAUGAUCAUGACUCUCAGAUGACCCCUAUUGAUUUUCAGGUCACUAGGUCAAAGGUCACUGUGACCUGAAAUAGUAAAAUGGUUUCUGGAUGAUAACUCAAGAACACUUAUGCCUAGGUUCAUGAAACUUAAUUAAAUCAUAGGUAUAUUGAUCAUGACUCGCAGAUGACCCCUAUUGAUUAUCAGGUCACUAGGCCAAGGUCACAGUGCCAAAAAACGUAUUUACACAAUGGCUGUCAAGGUCUAGGUGACUCAAUUUAGAAAAAGGGUUUCCGGAUGAUAACUCAAGAAUGCUUACGUCUAGGACCAUGAAACUUCAUAGGUACAUUGAUCAUGACUGGCAGAUGAAAUAAUGAUGAAACUUGACCAGGAUGUUUGUCUGGACAAUAUCUAGGUCAAGUUUGACAUUUGGUAAAGAUUGAAUGAACCGACUCCUCUCAGGUGAGCGAACUAGGGCCAUCUUUGCCCUCUUGUUAAAUAUAUUUACUAUAUUAUUUUGAUAUGUUUAACUGUUAUGUAACGCAAUACAAAUGUCUAUUUAUGUCUGGAAAGUCAACAGAAAAAACAUAAAACAUUUAUGUAUAAAAGAAAGUUUUCCCUUUACCUUUAUUUAAUCAAUUAACAUUUAAAAUUCAUAUAAUUUAUUUGUUCAACAUUAUGUACUUUGAUGUUUAUUGAUUUCACUGACUUUUUUACUUAACUGAAAGUUGCAACAAAGAAUUCAAUUUGAGCAUUUGUCUAAAAAGAAUUUUUAUAAUUAUAAAUAUUUAAUGUGCUUCUUAAUCAAAUUAGGAAAAAACAUUCAAUAUGCAAGAUUUUUUUAAAUUUAUACACCUGAAACAUCUUCUAUGCAUGGGAUGUUUAGUUAUGUUUGAAUUUAAUGUAAAAUAAUGUCAAGUUAUGGUAGAUAUAACAAGCAUCCCAAUAGUAUACUGUGAUCCAUUUUCAAAUUGUUAGUAGUGCUGGAUUGGUCAUUGUCGGCUUUGGUACUACUUAAAUGUACCCCAGGUAAUAUUUAGAAUACUUAAAUGUACCCCAGGUACAGAAAAUAUUCUGGGCUAAUUUAGACUGUACCCGAAAUUUGUAUUCCCGCCCCAAAUCGUAAAAUGCUCUAUGGAAUAUGAAACAAACUUCUCAUUGCCUCCACAUACUUUUUUAGUAAGAUUUUUUAGGUAAUAUAGAGGCCAUUUUACAGAAUAAGGACAUAAAUAUGAACAUUAUUUAUUUGAAAAAAAAAUCCUGGGUAGGUUUCAGUAUAUACUUCGAACCUGUUGUACAUUUAAGUAUAUUUAAGAGUACCCAGGGACCAUUUAAGAAGCACCCAGGCGGACAAUUACCAAUUGAGCAUUAGUACUUAGUAUUAUAAGUUAGUUAUUUGCUCAAUAUAGAACUUGUUAUGACAAUAUGAGAAUUAGACAUUCAUUGAUGAUGGUGUUCUUAAACUGUUAUUUGAAAUAUUUGCAAAAUAUUUUUAGCUCAUUUAGUCUUAUCUUCAAUGGUAUGUCCUUAUUUUCUUUUCUUUUUUGUUGAAGUUACAAAACAAUGUUCACAAAACAUAAUUUUGCUGUUAAUAUUAACUCUUGUUGUAACAAAUAUAUUCUCCACUUUGAUUUGUUUACACUUUCCAAAGUUGACAUCUGAACUCUUGCAUUAUGUCAAUUUCUAUGAAAUUCCUUUACCCUUAGAUCAUCAUGCCCUUUGCAUGCUGGGAAAUUUGUCUUCUGCUAAAACCUCAUCUGCUGAAUUUCUAAAAUUAGCAUUUUCUUCGAUUUUUUUCAAAGAAUACUAUCAGAAUAGCAAACAGUUAUGGAUCCUGAUGAGACGCCACGUUCUGUGGCGUCUCAUCUGGAUCCAAACUGUUUGCAAAGGCCUUCAAAAUUCGGUUCUCGCACUGAAAGGGUUAAUUGUCAUCAUCAAAUAUAUUAUUAGUUUCCUCAUAAGAAAUUGGUAGUAAAUGAUUGCUUUAAAACAAACAAACCAAUCAGUUGCAACGAUUGUGAAAGGUAUGAUUGUAUUGCACAUAAAUAGUACCUGUUUGAUUAAUUGUGAUAAUUUUGCUUUCAAUGUUUGUUGAAGUAUCAAGCAUGGCGAAUAUACAGAUUAACAGAAUAACAUUAUUCCAUACUGCUGACCAAAAUUUCCCCAAAAAUAUGCCAAACUUACAAGAAACUCAAUACUUGGUUUAUUGAGUUUAUUAUACAGCAAUUUAAUUCCAAUUUUAAUUAUAAUAAUUAAUUAUAAUAUAAAUUUUAAAAAGCAAUUAAACAUGCACUUAUAAACAAUUAGUAUACUGUUAUUUAUAAUCAUGUUAACAAUGUUCAAUUUUUCCGAAUAUCAUGGUCUAUCACGCUUUUUUCCCAAUAAAAAAAGGCACAGGAUGUAUAAUAUAAAGCAAAACAAAAUCACUGAACAUCAUAGAAUACUGCUAUACUUCUUACUAAGUUUGACAACCUUUUGAUUUUACAGUUCAUGUUUAUAUAGUUACUGCUCAUACUAAGACUCAGGUCUUGUAUUUUAAGACUUGUACAAGUCUCUGAUAAUGUUUAUAGAUUUUAAUUACCAACUUAAUGCUUGUGCUAGACAUGUGUGUUCACGCAUGUUUUCAAUCAGCUGGUGUUAAAUGAAAUUUGUCAUUGUGGUAAGCAAGUUGUACGAGUUGGAUUUGUGAUUGUAUGGUAGUUAUUUACUUAUCUCGUAUAUUUAUAAAAAAUCUGACUUUGUAUGUUCUUAGUAAAUCAUGUAUUGUUGAUUUGAUCAACAUAAUUUCACAGCGCAAUUUUGUUGAAAUAAAUCUGUCUCCAGUUCAUAAAAAUGAUUUAAAGGAAUCUCGAAAAACUAUUGCAAAUUAAUUGUCUUUUUGCUGUCUUUUUGUGUAAUAAGUUGUCUUAUUUUUAAACAUAACGUGUCUGUUUUAGCAAAACCCUGUACUUUUUGUAGUUCUAUAUCUUUCCAAGACAUGGAUCACAGUUUGGCUUAGAUAUGCUGCUACUCCUAGCACUCUAGUGAUUGCCUGUAAACACAAGCUCAAUCACAAGGUAACCGUGCCCUUGACAUAAAUUCUGUGUUUGCCUUUACAUGAUAAAAUCUAAUAGUAUGUUAAGAUCUUGUUUGUUAGAGAUGUGACUUUGUAACACAUAUCUCUUUGUUCAUAAGAGUGUUAUAUCUACAAAAUGUUCUUGUCUUGCAUAAGAUAAAUGUUUUGAUGAUGGUUAUGGAACUUUGUCUUUUAACAAUAUUGAAAUAAAAAAUACAACAAAUUGA